AAUUGAGCAAAUGCAAAUUCGUACUUAUAUUUAUUUAUUGAUUAUUGAUUUAUUAUCACUAUUUCGAUAAAUAUUACAAUAAAAAAGAAAUCAAAUUUGGCAUGGCCUAUAAAUAAUUCAAGAAAGUUCAGGGAGUUCAAUGUAAUUUAACCCUAGGACGAUACGUAACGCUUUUCCGCUCCGUUCUUUCUGCUUCCUUUAUUAUAUAAAAACCACCUUUUUCCCGGUUUUAGUGUUUCUUCUCCAUAUGUUCCAGUACUUCUUCAUCAUUCCUGGUUUUGAUCUUUUCCUCUUUGUAUAUCCAUUCCAGCUGAGCAUCCACUGAAGCUAAAAUUUUUCAAGAAAGAUGUGUGGAGGAGCAAUAAUCUCCGACGAGUUUCCGAUCAACCGUGGCCGGAAACUGACCACCAAAGAACUCUGGGCCGACUUUGACACCAUUUCUCAAUACUGGGGAUUCAACAGUAACAAUAACAACCCUCCUUCUUCUUCUUCAUCAGAUAACAAGAAGAAGAAGAAAAAACUCACCGGCCAAAAUACGGAAGCUGGUGGUGAAGAAGGGAAGAAGUCGCAGCCGGAGACGGCGACGGCGGCGGGGGGAGGGAGGAGGAGGAAGAACAAGUACAGAGGAAUAAGGCAGCGGCCAUGGGGGAAAUGGGCGGCGGAGAUUCGGGACCCACUCAAAGGCGUUCGGGUUUGGCUGGGAACAUACAACACAUCUGAAGAAGCAGCCAGAGCUUACGACGAAGCCGCCCGCCGCAUCCGUGGCGACAAAGCCAAACUCAAUUUCCCCGACGAGUAUCACCCGCCGCCGGCAACGCCGCCGUCGAAGCGGCAACACGUCAUCAGUAUCCCGGAUGACGCUCCUAAUAAUAAUAAUUACUUACAGGGCAGCCUGGAAUCCAUUUUCCAAACUCCACCUCAGCCGCCUGAUAACCAUCUCGCCGCCGCCGCCAUGACAACAUUGUUAUCUGAUAAUAAUUACCAAGCAUAUGAUGAUCAUUUGGGGGCUGAGCAUGAUCUCUCCAGCUUGGCAUCUUUCCUUGGGAUGAUGGAACCACCUGGGUUGAUGACGUCAUCGUCCUCAUCAGCAUCGGCACCACCAGCAGCUCAAUUUGGUGAUUAUUGGACGAUGGAUGAUGACCUCGUGGCCACCACCGCCGCCGUCCACCACCAGCAGGAGAAUCUGUUUAUUGUUGAUGAUAUUGAUAUGCUGUAUUGAUCAAUCACCAGAUUUCUGCAUUACUACUGGAAUUUCUUGUGUUGGUACUAUUUUGCAGCGGUAAUGAAUAGUGUAUUGCGGGUUGGGUGGACGGAUCAAUCAAUCAUGGGUUGGUGGAGUUAUCAGAAUAAUUAUUAGUAUUAGACUAAUAAUAAUAAAUCUGUCCUGGGAAUUUAAUGAACCAUUUCGGCCAUUUUCAAUUAUUAUUGUAGCAAUUUACUGAAUGCUGUGUAUUUUUUUCUGUUGCUUUCUUUUGUUUUCUUUGUUUUAUUAGGGGAUUGCAAUGCUUGACAGAACAAAUGUUAGAUUUUUUUUUUUUUUUGGAAUAUCACAUCUUUAUCACUGAUUAAUUUAAGGCCUUAAUUUAAAUUCAAC